GUUCGAGGCGAUGAAGGACAAGGCCUGAAGGCCGCAUCAUCGCGAUGAAACUCACUCCCUCUGCAAUUCCAUGAACUCCAUUGCUCUCAACUCGCUCGCCAGACUCAUGUGCUUCCCUCCGGGAAAAUUCGUCCGCGUCAACUCGUUCCUCUGUCCCCCCUCGACGAGGAAACUCUCCCUCCCAAUUUUCCCGGGAAACGAGCACGCCAUUCGUUCGCUCUGCUCGUCGCCCUCACUCGACAUACCGACCCUGACGGAGCUGGUAUCGAAUCAGCACUAUUCGGAGCUCAAAGCACGACUCAGGGCCUCAAGAUCAAACCCCGCCGCGGUCCUCCGACAAAUGCUUGAUUCUGGGUCCGACCCGGAGCUCACUCUCAGGUACUUCAAAUGGUCCCGGGACGAGCUCAAGCUCUCCCACACGCUUGAGCUCACUUUCGGGCUCUCGCACUCGCUGGCGAGUGCCAAAAAGUACUCAAAGAUGCGAUCUUUCUUGGACGAGUUCGUGAGAGUGAGUGACGGGAACACCGUUUCUUCGAUAUUCCACUCUAUAUCAAACUGCGGCGGCGGGUUUUGCAACGGCUCGAUCAUCGUUGACAUGUUGGUGUGGGCAUAUGCGAAGAAUGGGAAGACCCAGUUGGGUUUUGAGGCAUUUAAGCGAGCUGGUGAUUAUGGGUAUAAGCUGUCGAUUAUUUCUUGUAACCCAUUGAUGAGUAAUUUGGCAAAAGACGGGGCAGUUGGGGAUUUGGAGUUUGUUUAUAAAGAGAUGAUCAGGAGAAGAAUUAAAAUCAAUGUGGUGAGUUUUAAUACGGUAAUAUCGGGCUUGUGCCAAGCUCGGAAAUUGAACAAGGCUUGUGAUGUGGUCGAUGACAUGAAAGCUUGCGGGGUAUCCCCGAAUGUGGUCACUUACAAUGCCCUCAUUGAUGGACACUGUAAAAGUGGUGGAUUGAGCAGAAUGUACAAGGCAGAUGCAAUUCUAAAGGAGAUGGUUGAUAGCAAGAUCUGCCCGAAUGAGAUUACAUACAAUAUCCUCAUUGAUGGAUAUUGCAAGGACGAAAAUGUGGCGGCUGCGAACAAGGUAUUCGAGGAAAUGCAGAGGCAAGGUUUGAAACCUACUCUUGUCACGUAUAAUUCUUUGAUCAAUGGGCUUUGUAACAGUGGGGAGAUUAGUAAGGCUGUUAGCUUGCAAGAUCAAAUGUCGAGUUCUGGUUUGAAACCGAACAUUAUCACCUAUAAUGUGCUCAUACAUGGGUUUGGGAAGAAUGAUAUGUUUAAGGAAGCUAGAGAGAUGCUUGAUGUCAUCGAGAAAGAAGGGCUGGUUCCCAAUGUUAUCACAUUCAACAUUCUAGUUGAUGCUUGCUGUAACAGUGGAAAAAUUGAAGAAGCGUUCUUGAUCCAUGCUUCAAUGGCGAGCAAAGGAGUUCUCCCUGAUGUUUCAACAUAUAAUAGUUUGAUUACUGGUCUAUGCAGAGAAGGGAAACUGGACAAGGCUGAGAAACUCUUUGAGGAGAUGAAGGAUAACAGCUUAAAGCCCAAUGUGGUUACAUAUAACAUAUUAAUUGGAUCUUUGUGCAAGAAGAGAGAGUCUAGAAAGGCACGUAGGCUCUUGGAUCGUAUGGUCAAAAUCGGUUUGAGUCCCAAUCAUGUGACUUUUGAUACUCUAAUGGAUGGAUAUUGCCUAGAAGGGAAUCUCAGAGCAGCACUGAAGGUUAGGGAACUGAUGCAGAAGGAAGGGUUGCGAGCGAAUAUUGCUACAUUUAACGUGUUGAUUAAGGGUUUCUGUAAGCAGGGUAAAAUGGAAGAUGCAAAUAGCCUGCUUAAUGAAAUGCUGCAGAGAGGCGUGGUACCAAAUCGAACUACGUAUGAUAUAAUUAGAGAGGAGAUGGUAGAAAAGGGUUUUGUACCAGAUAUAGAUGGGCACAUGUAUAAUGUUUCAGGCUGACCAAUCACAAUACUAUGAGGAGUCAGCCAUUUUUGUAUCAGAUUGCCUUUGUUUGGUGGGAUUUCACAAGCUAUUGUGCCAAGGAGGCAGUUAAAUGAACCAUAGGAUGGUAAAAAUUCACAGAGCUAUUGUCCUUGGAGAUUUUGCCGCCAAGUUUCGUGAGAUAAUUGAGCCCAACAAGGAUAAUAUGCCAGCUCAGUGAUUUUGAUUUGACCUGGAAAUACGUGGAUUGUUUGACGGCAUUGCCAUGGGGAAAUCCAGGUCUGCAAGCUCGCCCACAGUUUUAAUUUUUAAGAUUGAUGGAGAUGAUUUUCAAUAGUGUUCUUUUUCAAUUUGACUGUGGAAUCUGGUGAACCGAUUGUAUGUGAAUUUAAAUUUGCAAAGGCAUGAAUUGUUGCUCUGACUGGGGUACGUUGAAGCUAAAUGCUCUGUGGAGAUUAAAAAUGUGUGACACUACAUCCUGAAGAACGUUGAGGUGAAAAAGAAAGUUACAUUUCCCAUUCAUUGUCUCUAUCUAGACUAGUUGAUUAGUUUAACGGAUGUCUGGAUUAAGUAUAGGUUCCUUUUAACAUGAAGUUCUUCUUGGGGUUGAGAGACUUUGCUUCGGCAAGACUGUAUAUAAUAAAUCUCUCAGUGAUCUCCUAGGCAUUGUGACUAGUAAAGUCAAUUAGCAUCAGCAAUCUUUUGGCUUGUGGUUCAUCUCCAUUUUGUGUCAGGUUCUGUUAUUGCAUUCUGCAGCUCUUCGAGUUCUAAUCAGUGUUUGUGUUAGAUAUUGUUACAGAGCAUGUUCUUUAAUCAUCUUUCUGGUUCUCAAUUAUUCUUCUCUUUUCCUGAUCAUCGACAAUAAUACGCACCAUACUACCAGGUACUUGAAUGUGAGUAUGCGUAAGAGGUCUCAUGGUGCGGAAAGAAAGGGAGUAUAAAACAUAUUGCUUUUGCUGUGAAGAGCUUUACCAAAUUUAAGAAUAACAAUAACCUUGGCAGUUCGAUAUGAGUAGCUCAGGUCAUUUUGAAAGU